AUGUCGUCCGAAGAUCAGAACCUGCACAAAAAGCAAUUCGAGACCGGCAUCAAGGUGCGCCGGGAGGUCGUCGGAGACAGCUAUGUCGAUGGCGCAUUAAACAGAGCGUCCACGGCCUUUGCGGCACCAAUGCAGCAGCUGGUGACGGAGUGGGCUUGGGGAAACGUCUGGACGCGGGAGGGGCUUGAUCGAAAGCAAAGAAGCUUGCUCAACCUCGGUAUGUUGAUUGCACUCAAGAGCUGGCCGGAGGUGGGGGUUCACGUUCGCGGAGCCAUCAACAAUGGGCUGACGGAGCUGGAGAUCCGGGAGGCCAUCUUGCAAUCGGCCAUUUACUGCGGCGCUCCGGCCGGACUAGAGGCUAUGAAGGUUGCCGCAGCGGUGCUGGAGGACAUGGCUGCCAAAGGGGAGUAUGUGCCCACCUUGAUAAACAAGGAGGAGAAGCUCAACUGA